CUGGUACACUCCACUGUGUGCAUCAAUCCCCGUUGUUCGCCGCCGUGAGCUUCUCGUUUUAGCAGAUAAGGCGAUAAAACAAUUGGCUACGAAUUUUGCCGCAACUUCUUCACAGAACCAUAUCUCUAAAGUUUGUUUGAGAGAGAGAGAGAGAGAGAGAGAGAAAUGGCCCAGACGUGCGUUUCAACUACCUCGGCCUCGUCGCUCAGAUUCAACUCUCUAAGCUUUUCGGCUAACCCUAGCUCCGGCGCGGACCUUCAGAGGCUCUCUCUCCCUGUAGAGCCCUUUCGUUUCAGGAAAUUAAGGAAGCUGGUUGGUAAUGGAAAGAACCUCAGGAGUUCUCAUGUGAAAGCAGUGUAUUCUGGUGAGUUUUGGACGCCAGAGAGGAGCUCUCGGCAGGGGAUUUGGUCCAUAAGAGACGACAUGAAAGUCCCAUCUUCUCCAUACUUCCCUGCAUAUGCGCAAGGCCAAGGGCCGCCCCCAAUGGUACAAGAGCGCUUCCAGAGUGUUAUAAGUCAGCUUUUUCAGCAUAGAAUCAUACGUUGUGGUGGAGCCGUUGAUGACGAUAUGGCAAACAUAAUAGUUGCUCAACUUCUGUAUCUUGAUGCCAUGGACCCUAAUAAGGACAUUGUCAUGUAUGUGAAUUCUCCUGGAGGAUCAGUUACUGCCGGUAUGGCCAUAUUUGACACGAUGAGGCAUAUCCGGCCUGAUGUCUCAACUGUUUGUGUUGGAUUAGCAGCUAGUAUGGGGGCUUUCUUGCUUAGUGCUGGGACUAUAGGAAAAAGAUACAGUUUGCCAAACUCAAGAAUAAUGAUCCAUCAGCCUCUUGGUGGAGCUCAAGGUGGACAAACCGACAUAGAUAUUCAGGCAAAUGAAAUGCUACAUCAUAAAGCAAACCUUAAUGGGUAUCUCUCCUACCACACCGGUCAAAGUCUUGAGAAGAUUAAUCAGGAUACUGACCGGGAUUUCUUCAUGAGUGCAAAAGAAGCCAAAGAAUAUGGGCUUAUAGAUGGCGUCAUUAUGAAUCCUCUCAAAGCUCUCCAGCCAGUGGCAGCUACAAUAGAAGCUGAAGUCGAGUCUGGUGUGUAAACUUCUCUUGAUUGACUGCUGCAGUGGACACGGCUCUAUAGAUGAAUUAAAUGGGGAAUGAUCUUUCCAGUGUGCCUGAGUUAAUGAGUCCAUAAUGCUGAUGUUCUGUGUAGCACAGAAGUAAGUGUCUCGAAUUUUGCUGUUGGUUCCAUCUGAAUUGAAAGCCUGAGAAAUAGAUCAAAUUCUAGAGAUGUAAUUUGUCUUUAAUAAUCUAAUCUGUGUGAGAGAAUGAUUUAUUGUUAUUUCUUUAUAAUGGAUCUUUUCCCUGAUACUAAUUUGCUACAUAAAAGUUUGAAGAUAAAUCUUUUCCUUUAUGAAAAUC